CUCGAACGUAAUGUUUGUAAACAACGAGAGACAGCUGAGUGACGGUCCUUGCAGCACUUGCUUUCGCUAGUUUUCCGUGACAAUGGUGUGCGAAAAAUGCCAAAAGAAACUUGGGAAGGUCAUUACCCCUGACACAUGGAAAGAUGGUGCUCGCAACACAACCGAAGGAGGAGGACGAAAGAUCAACGAGAACAAGCUCCUCACAGGGAAAAAGAACCGCUUCAACCCAUACACUGCCAAAUUUGUGGAAUGCAGGAUCUGUAGGACAAAAGUUCACCAAGCUGGAUCCAACUUCUGUCAAGGCUGUGCUUAUAAAAAGGGCAUUUGUGCAAUGUGUGGAAAGAAAAUCCUUGAUACAAAGAGCUACUGCCAGUCCUCUGCCUAAAAAAAAUAUUACAUGAUUAUGGAGAGACAUCUUAAAAGUUUCCCUAUUAUUAUAUAGUUCUGUUAUAUAAUUUUAGUAAACACCUUAGUUGUAUGUGAAGGUUUCUUAUAUCUGGUCUUUUGUAAUGUACUAAUAUAUAUAUAUUUUUUUCACUGCACUUAUGUCUUUUGAUAUAUUCUAAAAGCAUUCAUUGGAAGUUUCUUUUUAGUUUUUUAUUUGUAUCCAUAACCUUUUACACUGAUUGAAAAGAGCAUUUUAAGAUGUUGCUAGAUACAAAAGCCUUUGAAGGUUGUACAUUUGAGGAUCUAGAUUGAUUUUUUAUAAGAUCUGUUUAAGAUCUAACGAGACAAACUUUUAUUAGAUGAUAAUGUGUUUGGAGUGUCAGUAGCAUGUAUUCUGCAGCAUUAUGUCUAGAAUGUCAUUAUUGCCUUUACUCUUCCAAAAGGCCGUCUUCACUAUUUUAUAAAAUGCUCAGUAAUUGUGUUAUUAAGAACAUUGUGAUCAGGAGUAUGUUUAGCUAAGUUGAGGAAUGUUUAUCCUCAAAAAAAACAAAAAAAAAUUUCUGUUAAGAGUGAAUGGAAAAAUAAAUGGUAUCUCAUCACUCUCAAGAGAGGAAAUAUUGAAGAUGUAAAUGAUACAAUUUUUAACUGAUAAAGAUUAUUGUAUA